AGAGAGAGAGAAAGAGAGAGAGAGAGAGAGAGAGAGGAGUUCGUUAGGGUUGGCACGCGGAUUAGACAAUCGCGAGGUGGAUACUUCGAAAAGAGGAGAAGAAGGAGAAGAAGGAGAUGGAGGAUGAGGAGGGGGUGCGAGGGCGGGCUUCCCCACCAGCCAACACCUUCGACGGUGGUAACGCGUUCCUCGAUGUUCCUUCAGGACGACCCUGGCCACUCACGCACUCUCUUUCGCACGCACACAGAAGUACUCGGUCGUGCGUGUCGGACUGAACAGGAAAGAAAGAGAAAGAUAAAAGGAGAAAGAGAGAAAAGGAGAGAGAGAGAGAGAGAAAGAGAGAGCUAAAGAAAGAGAGAGAAAGAGAGAGAAAGAGCGAAAGAUCCGCCCUCCGUCCUCCUGUCGGCGGCUCCUCUUCUCUCUUGGCUUCGCGUGGGGGACGAAAAAGCUCAGUUAUAAUUGUUGGUCCUCGCAGACCGCACAUAUUCGCCGUACCUUCGCUAAUUGUUACCUCCUACCUUCCGUGUACUUAAUACUACCAAGUAUUAUUAUCUCGUUUACUCGAUCGACGAUGAGAGUAUAGAUCAAGACGUAAAUAGAUCCAAACGGAUAGUAUCUAGAUCGUAUUAAGGAUCGUGGACUUCGUUCGAAAAAAUUUAUCAUACGAAUCUAACGACUAUGUGUCCGAAACAAUGAUGACGUAGACGUGUAGACAUUAAUUAUCAUCGUUUUAUCGAGGUGUCGUCUGACGUUGCUUUUGGAUUUAAACAAAAGAAGAAAAAAAAAAAAAAAAGGAAAGAAAGAACAUUAAGAAAAGAAAACAAGAAAAAGGGAGAAAAGAGAAAGAAAACUUAAAUUAGAAAAAAAGAAAAAGAAAAGAAAAAAAACAGACAAACAUUUUGUGAGAUAAAGUGGCGCUGUUUUCGGAAGAAAAACAUUCGUUCGUCGGGAACGAUCGAAUAAAAGGAACUAUUACGAGAUUACAAGUAGAAGUUCAAGUGCAGUUCAUUGGAUUUGAAACAUCCGAUAUGAAUUGCGCUUACCAAUAUCCGCAUCCGGCUCAUCCGCAGAACGUUAUGGCUAUGGUGCCGACGACUUCCCAACAGAAUCACGUUUCCUCGACUGAUACGGAAUAUUUAGAGGAUCAUCCGGGACUACGAGGAACGCCAUUGGCAAUGUUGGCGGCACAAUGCAACAAACUGAGCAGCAAGAGUCCACCGCCACUGGCGGACGCGGCAGUUGGCAAAGGUUUUCAUCCUUGGAAAAAGAGUCCUCAGAGUAGCGGCAGCUCACCGCAACAUUCGACGGGUGGUGGCGGAGGAGGAGGAGGAGGAGGCGGAGGAGGAGGAGGUGGCGGAGGCGGAGGUGGAGGUGGUGGAGGGGGGUGUACGACGACGGGAGUAAGUCAAAGACCGACAGCAACGAGCAGCGCCGGUAGUACGAGCGGUGGUUACGCCCGAGCACCGGUCACUUCUUGCGCUUCAACGGCGCCACAAUACGGUAGCGAGCUAUAUUUUCCUGGUACCGCGAGCGCGCAACCUGCUGGCGAUCCGCAUCACCAUCAAAGCAGUCUCCUUGGAAAGGUCGAAGGCGCGACACUCGGCUCGGUAUACGGUAGACACCCUUACGAGUCGUGGCCGUUCAACGCGAUGCCAGGCGCUACGCACGGCGGAAUAAAGGCCAGCGACGGUUGGUGGGAUGUUCACGGUGCCACAGCCGCUGGUGGUUGGUUAGAUGUUAGUGGCACCGUCGGCGUCGGAGUUCAUGCCGCACAAAUGGCCAAUUACUCGGCAGAUUACUCUACGAGCUUAGCACUGGCUGGCAAUCACUUACUCACUACGGCCACCACCGCCGGUCACAAUCUACUCCAAGACACAUACAAAUCCAUGCUACCCGGCGGACCGCCCGGCUUCGGGCUCCAUCAUCACGCGGCGGCGGCGAGCGCCGGUGCCGGUGCUGGUGCCGGAAGUCCACAAGGUAGCGGCGCCGGCGUCGGCGUAGGUGUCGGCGGUGCCGCCGUUAGCCAAGCACCCUCGCCACGCUCGCAGAGACGUUACACCGGUCGUGCGACCUGCGACUGUCCUAAUUGUCAAGAGGCCGAGAGACUCGGUCCCGCCGGCGUACACCUCAGGAAGAAGAACAUCCAUAGCUGCCACAUACCUGGUUGCGGCAAGGUCUACGGAAAGACGUCCCAUCUGAAGGCCCACUUACGGUGGCACACUGCGGCACCUUCGAACCCACACCGGCGAAAAGAGAUUCGCCUGCCCGGUCUGCAACAAGCGGUUCAUGCGCAGCGACCAUCUCGCGAAGCACGUCAAGACCCACAGCAGCAGCAGCAGCGGCAGCAAGGGCAAGGGGGGAGCGGGGAGCUCGUCGGCCGAGUCCUGCUCCGACAGCGAGGACAACGGGAGUCAGCAGAGUCCCACUUCCAGCUCGGUGCCGCCGCCGCAGCCGCCACCGCCGCAGCAGCAGCAGCAGCAGCAGCAGCAGGCUCAGGCGCAACAGCAGGCUCAGCAGCAAGCGCUGGCGGCGGCAGCGGCGGCCCAGGACACCAACAACACCAAUUCCCAGACCACCACCACCAGUCUCGGCCAUCAGCCGACAACACCCAUGACCCCAAUACAGAUGACCCCGCCGCCUCUGACCGCACACCAUCCCCACCACCCGCAUCUCCCGCCUCUAAUGCACCAUCCGCAUCAUCACGCAACAUCCGUACCGGCGGCCCAUCAUCCGCACGCGGGGAUGAGCAUGCACUGAGCCCGGUGGGGCCCGGAGCCGGUGCCUGCAGUACCUCUGCCGCAACGACCCUGGGCUCCUCCUCCUCCCUAUCCUACCCCCUCAACUUAAACCUUCUUCAGAAUCACGUUAAUGCCCAUCCUCAUCAUCAUCAACAUCAUCACCAACAACAGCAACAACAUCAUCACUCUAAUCCUUCUUCCCAUCAUCAUCAUCAACAUCACCAACACCACAAUCAACAACAACAACAACAACAACAACACUCUCGACAAAACAAUUCCUAUUCGAUACAACAGAAUCCUGGUACACCUGGCUCGGCACAGACUCCUUCACCCUCCUCACCUGCGCCUGUACAUAGUCUUUAAGCCGAUGACGAUCCCUCUCAAUCCUUUCGUUUCCUCGGAGAGCAGGAACGGAGGGAGCAGCCUGCCGCCUCUCCUUCGGCCGCUCUGCACGCGAAUUUUGCCGACUUUGUUACUUGUAAAUACUAUAAAUAGUGAGUGUGCGUGUGCGUAAGAAAGACAGAGAGAAAGAUAACGCGUGCGAAAGAGCAAAAGAGAGAAAGAGACAGAGAUAGAGAGAUCUAUAUAUAUAUAUAUAUAUAAUAUAUAUAUAUAUAUAUAUAUAUAUAUAUAUAAAAUGAUAUAUUAAUUAUGCGGUGUAAUGUAAAAUAGAUAUACAUAUAUGUAUGUAGGUAUGCACUGUCGCGCUGUACGAUACACACAGACACGAAUCGUCGUCGUCGUCGUUCCCUUCUCCCCCAGUCAUCAUCCUGUUUACACUUUGCCCGAUUGUACGGCAAAGAAAAAGAUAAAGGAAAAAUAAAAAAAAAGAAAAAAGCAAAAAAAA